UGGCUUUCCCCUGAAUGAUGCUGCUUCCUGUGCUUUGGUAAAAUUGACAGGAGAAGACUUUUAUUCCUGGAUUUACAGAGUAGAAACGGGACCGGUUCUCACUCCCAGCACGGACCCGACCGCAUGACAAACAAUUGCAUGGGAGUAGCCUGCGAGGCCCGGCUUCAGAUCACGACCAGUCCUCCGCACCUCCUCUCUUCUCUUUUCCUCUUCUACACCGCCGUAUAGCCGCCUGUGAUGUGCGUUACGGCAUUACGCACGGAGCAGGAGCGAGUGCUAUCUUGAUUGGCCUUAUAUCUGGGAUAGAAUUUCAUCUCGGGAAGGAUGAGCAGCAAGGAGCUGACGGUGGGCCAGUCCAGUCAGUAUGUGGGGCCUUACCGGCUGGAGAAGACCCUCGGGAAGGGACAGACAGGACUUGUGAAGUUGGGUGUCCACUGUAUAACAGGGCAGAAGGUGGCCAUAAAGAUCGUCAAUAGAGAGAAGCUCUCUGAAUCGGUCCUAAUGAAGGUGGAGAGAGAAAUAGCUAUUCUUAAACUAAUAGAGCACCCUCAUGUUCUGAAGCUGCAUGAUGUCUAUGAAAAUAACAAAUACCUGUACCUUGUGUUGGAGCACGUAUCUGGCGGAGAGUUAUUUGAUUACCUGGUGAAGAAGGGUAGGCUCACCCCCAAAGAGGCCAGGAAGUUCUUCAGACAAAUCAUCUCUGCCCUCGACUUCUGCCAUAGUCACUCCAUAUGUCACAGAGACCUUAAGCCAGAGAAUCUUCUCCUGGAUGAGAAGAACAACAUCAGGAUAGCAGACUUUGGCAUGGCCUCGCUACAAGUCGGGGACAGUCUGCUGGAAACCAGCUGUGGAUCUCCCCAUUAUGCUUGUCCAGAGGUCAUAAGGGGUGAGAAGUACGAUGGUCGUAGGGCGGAUGUUUGGAGCUGUGGCGUCAUCCUCUUUGCUCUUCUUGUGGGUGCCUUGCCCUUUGAUCAUGACAACCUGCGUCAGCUUCUAGAGAAAGUGAAAAGCGGAGUGUUCCACAUGCCUCACUUUAUACCUCCUGACUGCCAAGCUUUGCUCAAAGGAAUGAUAGAAGUCAACGCUGACAAGAGACUCACGCUAGAAGCAAUACAGAAACACCCCUGGUACCUGGGAGGUCGGAAUGAGCCCUGUCCAGAGCAGCCUCCCCCUCGCCGAGUGUGUAUGAAGAGCAUCCUGUCCUUAACGGAGCUUGACCCCGAUGUCCUGGAAAGCAUGUACUCCCUAGGCUGCUUCAGAGACCGGGUCAAACUCACACAGGACCUUACAAGUGAGGAGGAGAACCAGGAAAAGAUGAUCUACUACCUCCUGUUGGACAGGAAAGAGCGAUACCCCAGCUGUGAGGACGAGGACCUGCCACCACGAAAUGACAUAGACCCACCCAGGAAGCGCGUUGACUCCCCCAUGCUGAAUCGUUACGGCCGCAGCCGUCCAGAGAGGAAGAGUUUAGAGGUCCUCAGUGUCACAGAGCAGGUUUCCCCCACCCCACCUCGCAGGGCCCUGGACACUAACGCACACAGCCAGAGGUCCCGUUCAGUCAGUGGAGCCUCCACAGGUCUGUCCUCCAGUCCUCUUAGCAGUCCCAGGAGUCCGGUCUUCACUUUCAGCCAACCAGAAGUCACCUCCAAUUCUGCUUCCUCCUCCAAAGACCCCAAACCAGGAAGCGCCACGACCCCUCGACCUACCCGCCCGGCGCCUGACCCAAAAACCCAGACCUUACCCUCAAAGGGCCCCGCAGACCGGCCCCAGCUCCACACCAUGAAGUCCCUCCCGCUCCAGACACCGCGCUCCCCUUCCCCUUCUCCCUCCCCUAUACUCUCCCCCAUUCCACGCUUCUUCAACUUUCCUUCACCAUCUGUCUUCAAGUCCAAGAACGCCCACUCGUCCUCUAACUCCUCUGCCACCCCUCCUCCUGUGUCGCAGGUCACACCGCAGGGCUCGCCGCUGCCCACCCCGCUGGGCACGCCUGUGCACCAACUCCAACACCCUUCCUCCACCACCCCUCCUUCCUCUUCCUCCUCAUCUUCUUCCUCCAGAGCGGACGGAGCCGGCGGGGCCUCUAUGUCACUGACCCCGCCCUCCAGCCCAGGCGGCAGUGGCGGCAUGGCGGCCUCGGGCUCUGCUCACUGGAGAACAAGGCUCAACUCAUUCAAAAACAACCUUCUGGGCUCUCCACGCUUCCACAGGCGCAAACUACAAGUUCCUACAUCAGAGGAUAUGUCCAGUUUAACUCCAGAAUCCAGUCCAGAACAACAGAACAGACUGGUGAAGAGGUCCUGGUUUGGUAACUUCAUCAGCCUGGAGAAAGAGGAGCAGAUCUUCGUCUUGAUCAGAGACAAGCCGCUCAGCUCGAUCAAGGCUGACAUCGUCCAAGCCUUUCUCUCCAUCCCAUCUCUUUGCCACAGUGUGGUGUCUCAAAAUAGUUUCCGGGCAGAAUACAAAUCCUCCGGUGGUCCUUCUGUCUUCCAGAAACCUGUCAAGUUCCAAGUGGACAUCGCUUUCUCCGAGGGAGAGCGGGAGCGAGAGAGGGAACGAGCGGAGAGAGAAGGAAGAAGAGAGAUGGGCAUUUACAGCGUGACCUUCACCUUAAUAUCUGGUCCGAGCCGCAGAUUCAAAAGAGUAGUGGAAACCAUUCAAGCUCAGCUCCUCAGCACUCAUGAUCAGCCUUCUGUGCAGGCACUGGCUGAUGAGAAGAACGAUCAGCUUUCCCGCCAGCCCGGCACUCCUACGCGUCAGAACUCCCGGAGAUCUGAAAGUGGAUCGGAGCGGGGAGAGGGGGACCGUGUGACAGACGGGGGGAGCAGCAGCGGCAGCAGCAGCGGAGCCGUCUUACAAAGACGAGAGUCGGGGAAAGACAAGACCAGACUCUCGUCAUCCAACGGGACACAGUCUCACCCUUGAAAAGAAUGUUGUGGAAGAGAAACGAGGUCACCUGCCUGGCCCUUUUCUCUUCCUCUCUUUAGUCCUAUUCCACAUUCUUUCCUUUCCUAUUUCCUUAAUUCCUGCCUUGCUUCAUACUUUUAGUCCUAAGCAAUGGGAUGGAAAAGGGAGAAGAUUUUCCUUGAAGCUGAUCUAGGGAUUUAAUGAAGAAUUCCUCUGGAAAUGGCUCAUUUUCUCAGAAAUGUAUAUUUUUGGAGACUAGUUGAGCUGAUCUCUAAUCAGCCCUAAAGGAUAGCUUCACCCUGGUGGGACAAGUCUAAAAACAAAUGAUGUCCAAAAAGCUCCAGUUUACUAUGAAAAUACAGGAAUUGUAGUUCACCUGCUCCAACGGAUCAAAAAAAAAAAAAAGCACACGACGUUCCCAAUGACCAAUCACAUGCGGCACAUUGUUCAAACUCAACAAGCAAGUUCUCACCCGUCACUCAGAGUGGCUCUGGAAGAUGGUGGUCAGUGACGGAGCGCAUCAAGGCAUUCUCACUUUUCAUUUCCUGGCCAGCCGGCUAUCUCGCGAAUCAGCAUGUCUCAACAUCACCUGAUAUGACAGGAAACCAUCUCUCCUCUCUUUCCUUCAGUCUCUAAUCUUUUGAGAAAGCAACAUAAACUAUAGGGACAGUCCUGCUUUAGGCUCAAUUGUUAAAGUGGAUUUAAUCCUUAAAUUAUUAGCCAACUUAACGCUGUGCUGAGAAUGGGUCUAAUGUGGGCUGUGUAAUGUAACCCUACAGCAAAGUGAAUAUCUUCAACAAACACAGCUUCCUUGAGUGUAUGAUAAGCUCCACAAUCAUUUCUGAAUUACACUGAUAAAGCUAUGAUACCAUAUUGCCUUUAAUGGAGGAGAAAAAAGUAAGAAGCCAGUUAGGUUUUGAGGACACACCACAGGCAGAAUCUACCACAGGUAAAAAUGGACUCUGGUGGAGAAGGAGGUGGAUAGGUAAACACAGGAUAGCUGGCAGUAUCCACUUGAUUGAAAAAGAAGAACAAGUAGCCAAAAGCCUCUAAAGCAAUCUUGGAGAUAAAAAUGAAAGUCAAAUUUUUUUAAAAGAGGUUUGUCUUAUACAACAUUCACAUGCCAUAUACACAAAUUUGAACUUUCCUGAUUUGCAUAGACUUUAUAUGUAAUUGCUUCUUGCUUUUCCUCCUAAUGGAACCAGUGUUAGCGUGAUUAGUUAGCUAGUAUAGCUGAUAACUUUUUAAUAAAUGUGCAGUCCACUGCUGGUGGUGCUGAACACACCAGUGAUUGUAGAAUCGUGUCAAGGCUGCCAUAUUUGUGCAAAUGUCACUGUGCAAACACAGACUGAGCAAUUCCAGUGAUUUUUUUUUUAUUUUUAAGUUUAGCUCAUGUCCUCUACAUUGACAGUGGAUUUAUGCUUUUGUGCUAAAUGGGUAUGGGUAUGAGAUUCACUACAGGAGCAGCAUUUAGGCUCAGCAUGCAGAGACUGGGGUUUAUGACUUUUACUGCAACCAGCCGCCAGAUGGCAAUCAAGUAUCUUGGUUUAGAAAAAAUGAGUAGAACUCUUAUCAGUUUACAGUCUUUAACAAAGCUAAGAGUACUGCAAACCAUAAAUAUCUUUUCCAUCUUAUCCAUCUGACAUAAACAGUGCUGGUUUCAGACAAUUUUGUCAGGAGGGAAAAAAAUUUUAAGUUAUUCAGCCUGUAAUGUUCCCUCCCGGAUGGCUACACACGCUGCUAGCCUUAUAGUUGCCUUAUUUUAAUAGACUAAUUUACCUACUUUUGCUUUGUUGCAUAAUUAGAGCAUUUAACAAGUAAAACCAGAUCAUUGAAAUUAGCAGAUGUGUAUUAGAUUAGCAGUGGUUAUUUCAUUUGUAUAGUUCUUUUUAAUAAGUGGGACAUCACAUGGUUUCCAAAAUUCCCCAUCUCUCGUUCUUAAACGUCACACACGAGCCAGCACGUCUGUCAGGACAAACACCAUGAAUUCAUUUAGAUACAUUUAGAUAACCCCGAGCUAAAGCUUCAUGUUAGCUUAACCUUUAAAUGCAGUUUUGGUUUGGUUUGUAUCUUUUACAUUGUAGUCAUGUUUGGGAGGAAUCCCUCCAGUAUGGGUGGGGCUGAUUCCAGUAACCAGUAGCUAUAUGAGCAUGUGAAUAUUGUACUGAGAAAAAUUCAAACCUCUUUAAAAUGACUUGCAGGGGAGCUAUAUGCCCAUUUCCAGCUCAAUACUUUUACACUGAAACUCCACGAGAGCAGCAUUACAUGAUUCACAGUUAAAAGAAAAUGUUUCCGAUCUUCUCAUCUGCAGCCCUUCAAUCGUUUUAGGCCCUCCCUAAAAGCCCACUUUAUUCCGUUUGGUUCAUUUCUGGAAGCCUGCAGAGGGGCAGCACCCAGAGCUCGUGAGCUGCACUGUCUGUAUUCUGUCUGCAUGCUACGUCUGUAGCAGAUGACGAUACAAGAAAUGCAUUCUGAUCGACGUCAGCGUGUACUCAGAGCAGGCUGAGGGCUGAGACUUUGGCUCACUGCGAUUACUAUGACAUACCACACUUGUUUAAUAUGAACAUGCAACAUUUGAACAUUCGAGAUACAAAUCAUAAUAGGUUCUCUUUAAUGUAAAUGUGGAACUAAAAAAAAACAAAAAGUGUUUAAACAGGACAGCCAGGUGGUUUGUUUUUUUUUGCCCCAGAGCUGGGCGACGUAAACCCUUCCUCUGUUUUGACAGCAGAGGCAAAGCUGCCUUUCUGCCUCUGCAAGCAAAGACAGAAAGGAGGCGGGCGGAGGCAGCGAGUAACUGCUUUGCGUCUGUAGUCAUAAAGGCUCUGCACACAAACUGCUUGGGAAGAAAAAUGAAGCCACAAAUAAGAAACGAAAUAUGCUUGGUUUUCUACUUUGUUUCUUUUUUUUAUACUCUGAUUCAGCCUCUGUGUGUAUGUUUGUUUGUUUUUUAAUGUUUUAGUAUCUGACGCUAACAGAGGGUGGCGCUAACCGCGUGAAUGUCAAAAAACUUUUUUGAAACUAUUCAAGAGGGUAGAGAUAUUUUUGUUCUGUGUAUUUAUUGGAAAAAAGUAUUUAUUUAUUAAUGUAUUUAUGUAUGUAUUUAUUUAUUUGCAGUGUAUUUGUUGGUUAUUUUCAUGAAUGGAAAAGCAAGAUGUGGGUAUAAAGACAGGGAAAUGUUAGUUAUGUCUGCUGCUGCUGAGCAAAAUAGGUUUCCCUCACAAAAACUAAACAAUUACUCCACUGAUUUAUUUAAUUAUAACAUUUUAAAUGUUGCUGCUGCAAAACAACCCUUUCAGCUUUAUGUUGUGUUUUAGACUUUCUUCAUCCUGUUUGCCAUUACAGUUGUCCAUAAGUUUAGACCAAGAUUUCACACACAGUGGGAUAUAAUAUAUCCUUCAGUGCUGAGUCAUUCCCUCUUUUAGGUGCUUUAUUAUUUUUUUUAACUGAGACCUCAAAGGAAAAGCGAGCAGGGUGAUAAGCUGCUGGAAUGUUGUGUAAUUACUUGUUGUCACAAAGUCGUCCGUGUUUGUGUGUUCCUGUAUGUACAAAACACACACAAAGGCCUUUCAAAUCAAAAAAGGUCCUUUUCAGCCCAGCGUGUCUCUGCAGAUAAAGGAGGAUUAUUAUCUUGAUUGUUCUUGUUUAUCCUCUAAACUUGCUCAGUAAUUUGGCACCAAAUUCAGUUUCUCCAGGUGAUUCACUGCACUUUGUGUUUAGAGAUAAUUGGUAAAUGUUAGCAUGCUGUUAGGCAUGACUAAAACCAGGAACUUGGAGAACAUUAGACCUGCCAAACAUUACCAUACAAACAGAACAUUAACAUUAUAUUUGCUAUCUUUACAGCAGGACCUGCGGCAGGCUGGCGACCGGUCCAUGGUGUACCCUGCCUCUCGCCCUAUGGCAGCUCAAACAGGCUACAGCACUGCAAACAGUUAAUUGCUAUUUAUUAUUAUUAACAGGCUAAUAAAACUAAUCAAAACUUAAUCAAAAUAGUGCAAGCCACGUUAUUUGUCAAAUAACUGCAUUCAAAUACUCCAGAAUACCAGUUAGCACCAGUUAGCUGAGGUGAUAGCUAGAAGCCUAACCCAGCUGUCAUGCAAACUGUCCCUAAUAAUUCUUAACAUUAUAAAUAAUAAAUGGGUGAGUUAUAUAAGAGGUUGCCCCUGUGCAGUGGUCCUAAACUAAGAUAAUAGCUAAACAGACCAAACUGAACCUUUGUGCUGCCCUGUAAAUGUGUUUACUUCUGCUGUAACGUCGGGCAUGUUAACAUGGAAGUGCAGUUUUUGGGCUUCUAGUACGGCUUCAUUUUUCAGCCCCGGAGGUUGUUAGCUGUUUGGCGUGCUAACAUUGACAUUGCCAAGUUUUACAGUGCUAACAGUUUACAGAGCUGACGUGUGCACUCAUAAAAUAUUUUGUGUUUUUUUUCAUGCAAACCAGCUUCAUUGACUUGCAGCAGUGGUGUCACACUGAACACGAUUACAUUUGAUUUUUUUGAUUUUUUUUUUACCAUAUUCCUUGAUGCAUUUAGAAAUUGUGCUUCAGCGGCCUAGAAUGUGUUUAUAAGAGUGAGUUGCAAAGGGAACGUUUUCAGGAGUGCAGCAUAGCCCCAGCAUGAGGUUUUGGCAUCUUUUCUUCCUUUUCUAGUGGAAAACAAUGAAGGAGUUUCAGUCUGUGCCGAGUUUGAACAUUAGAUUAACUGUUGAAGUGCGUGUCCAUAUUUGUUUUAACUUCUGCCGUCUUCAGAAGCUCACUUUCCCCACCCCAGUUCUCACAACGUACACCUGUAGGAGAACCUAGCAGUGAGAUCCACACUCCUGACAGGUCAGAGAUCGGGGAGGAUUAAAGGUACACACUCAAAUACACAAAAGGUAGUGUUACAGCUUUUUUUUUAAAGAGUAAACUUCAUCUUAUAUCCAUUUAGAAUGAGAAAAAGAGUUAAAGAAUAGAAAGAAGAAGAGCAAAGAGACCUCCUAAAUUGUGCUCCACUGAGCAAACCCUGCAUUUGAAUCUAUUCAAAGACAAAACAGGACGCUCGGCUUGUUUGCACAAAAAAAAAAGAAAAAAGAAAUCUCCCCACUCCCUCCCUCGUUUCCUCCUUUAUCCCUUAUCCACCUAUUCACUUUACAUUUUCUACAUUUUCCUCCUCCCAUUCUUCCUCUUUGUAUUCCUUGAAUCCCAUUCCACCCAUCCCAUCUUUCCCCAAAUGCACAUAUCUCACACCCUUAUAUAACCACCCCCCUUGUAUACAUUUUAUACACAGUAUACUUCAACACAGAUGCUGUAUACAUUUGUAUACGCUGUGUGCCUGUCUCCAUUGUAUGCCAUCCAUAUCUAUGUAGCGUUCACUAUGUUUUAUUGACACUGUAGUCACCAUACGAUUCUUCCUCUCAUCAUUAUUGCUCAUUCUUCUGCUGCAGUUAAAGUUGUACAACUAUAAUCUCCCAUCAUGUCCCUCUCUGCCCUUGCGCCGCCACUCUAAACCCCACUCCCAGCUCCCAUCUUGUGACCCUCCACUCCACACAGCAGAAAAAGAAUGUUUCACUCUGGAGAAAUUCAUGACGUGAGAAAUAAAAAUGGAGGGAGGAGGUGGAGCGUAGGAGAGGGUGGGGGUCGAGAAAACAGCUCACACGAUUAAUGACAAAGAGAAAUGUCUGUAGUAUAAUUACAAAAGAGGAAAAGUGCACUAUUAUGACAAUGAUUAUUAUUGCCUGUGAAAAAUACUGACCAAUA